CUUAUAUUUCCAUAAUGAUGACAGAAGCUGCAAAUACCACUACAGAAGAAUCCACUCAACAACAACAACAACAACAACAACAAGAAGAAUAUCAAGAUCGUUUCCUUGAAGGUUCUCAGCGUGUUGUCCCUUACGAUCUUUUAGAAGCGCGUGGAAAUGCGGAUAAGGUCAACGAUCCUGAUGCACUCAUUUAUAAACAGGCUAAAGACCUUUUCCGUAAAGGUUAUGAGCUUUGUAUGACUAUUCCUCGCUCCCUUGAUGAUGAUGUACUUGAAAAGUAUGAAGAUGAUAUUAAAGAGGCCUCUGAAACAAUGGUUGAAGCUUGGUUAAUGGAUGAUAAUGCUGCUCCUAUGUCUGAACGUAUCUUAAUUCUCGGUCAACAAUAUGAAAAGGUCUUGUUAAAAAAUAUCCCUGAAGAGCAAAAGGAGGGCUUUUUUGUAAGGGAUAGUUUAUUAUUUUCUGCUUGGAUUUUAUUAGUAGGUAGACAAUUUAAGCAUUGUGUUACUACAUUGACACUGGCUAUUGAUACUUAUCCUGACCUUCCUGCACGUGUCUUUUUCCUUCGUGCCUCAUGUUAUCUUUCUUUAGGAAAACUUAGACUUGGUAUUAAGGAUUUGGAAAAGGCAUUAGAAAAAGACCCUAAAUCUGCUGUUAUUCAUUUCGUCCUUGGUUCUGUCUAUCUUUCUAUGGACAAUGAACGUGAAAAUGCCAUUAAACAAUACAAACUCUUCUUACAACAGGGUUGUCCCAAUACGAUUGACUAUGUUCAUGCCCUUUAUGCCCUUUCAUUAUUACUUCACUCUCAUAAAAAACGCAAAUCAGAAGCUGCUGAUUAUUACAAACGAGCCAAGGAAUCUGAAAAGAAAUUUGAGGAACUUUAUGGCACUCAUACCGGCCUUAGCGAGACUAAGCGAGAUGCCAUUUUGGCUUUUGAAGAACGUAACGAAGCUGAACGUCUCAUUGCACUUUACACACCUACUAAAAACAAAUUACUACAACAAGAAAAGAUCCAAAAAUUAAUUGAAUCAGGCAUCUUAAAUACAUCCUAUCCACCUGAUCCUAAACGCUGUUCACAUUGUGCUGCUACCCACUUGAAGGAUAAACCUAAUGUGCCACUUAUGGCCUGUGGCGCAUGUCGUCACAUUUGGUAUUGUUCUCGUGAAUGUCAAGUGGCCGAUUAUAAAGCAAUGCAUAAAUCCCAAUGUAAAAAAAUGCAAGCUGCAAAGACUCAACAAGAACAAAAAUAAAUGUAUUGGAAUUUCUCACUCAUCCCCUUAGCAGUUACUUCUUCCCUCCCCUUCCCCUCUUCCACACUUUCGUUCAUCUUUUCCAUUCUAUAGCCGCAUAUCUUUUACUUACGUCUGUUAUUAUAUAAUCAGCAAUAAAAUAUAUGUACAUGUAUAUGUAUAUAAAUAUAUGUGUAUACAUACAUACAUACAUACAUCCUA